CUGGAUGUAUUGACAACAACAUUCUUGUGUGUGUUUCGUGGAAUAAACAGAACAAGUUUAGCCUCUGCACUGAUCUGUUUAUCUUUCUAAAGCGCCUUUUAGAACGCGAAAUACUGGGCUUGCAAAUAGGUCUCAAGCGAGAUUAUCUCUGCGCUGAUCAUGUUUUGAAUUUUCUGCGUCCGUAACGUCCACUUCUUUGAGGUGAUGGCUGAUAGUGUUCCGCUGUCGUGUGUGAUGUUGGACAGGAGGAAACUCCUCAGCCUCUCUCCCACCAAGAUGUCAAGCUCCACUCCCCAGGUGCACUGGACCCAGUUUGCCUCCUCCUCCACUAAGUCGAAGCUGCAGCCGAAUGGCACUUCCUCCGCCAAUCACACACAGGCUCCUGGGCCAGGGGGCGGUCUCAGAGAGCUGCGGCUGGUCCUGACAGACGUCCUGACAACAGAAAUCGGCCGUCGCUACGUGGGCGCCAGGGGGCGCAGUGAACCCAAACCUGGCCAAUCGGAGCGAGGCAGGCGGCCGGAGAGCCAAUCGGAGCGCGAAGGCAGGCGGUCAAGAAGCCAGACCCCACAGCGGCAGCCCAAACAGGCCGAUGUGCGCAAGUGGAUCGUCAACCCCGACCCAGACCCACACUCAGAGAUCGCAACCAAAGCCCCUCACCCCUCGCUCGCACAGACCAGGCCAGCCGAGCACCGCACGCACGAUCGCUCCCAGCAGCAGCCCAAAGCAGCAGAUUCGCUGCUCCUGAAAGCCAAACAUGCCCCUCAGAAGACGCCCAAGGACACACGCGGCCAGCUCGGAGCCAAUUCGCCACACACACCAAGUCGCCGGCCUGGGAGGCCAAAACUCGCACACACUCGUGAAGACACACAGCCGAAACACACUCAUGGCACACAGCCAAAGCACAGACACACUCACUCUCUCGAGACGCACGCUAGACAUAAACCAGCAGCAGGUGCACACAGCGCAUACACCUCACCAAAACCUCUCUCCUCCUCCUCCUCCUCCUCCUCCUCCUCCUACUCACGACUCAAAGCCGACACCCCAAGGCCCCCUUCCUACUCCCCCGGUACCCGCCACUCAGACACCCCCAGACCUCCCAUCUCUGGCUCUGGCUUCAAAUUCAGCUCCAGGGGCAGAAGGCCCGGCGGCCUCCCCCACCAGGCGAGCCCCAAAUUGGGUCGACCCCGCAGCACCCACCCCCAGACCCCGCUGCAGCAAGGCCAGCCCCCCUGGGCUGCCUCCAAACGGGGCAGGUUCAGCGUGGGAGGUGGGAGGGGGUCCUCCUCCUCUCCCAGGGUGGCCGGUACCCUCAGCGUACCCCCGCCUCCCCUCUCCUCGCGUGGGGCUCGGCCGCCCACCGUGCCCCCCCCUGCCCUGUCCUCCAUGUCCGGGGCCCAGAGCCCUGGCGUAGCCUCACUUCGCCUCUCCUUCCCUGGGGACGGUGGCCCCGCAGUGCCCCCUCCCCACCUCUCGUCCCCUGGAGCUCCAGGUCCUCCGGUGGUCUCCAUGGCUGGCGAGGGAGAGGGAGAAGGGGAAGUGGAGCUGGAGCUGGAGCUGGACUUCGACCCCCCCAACUUGAUCUGUCUCGGGGAAGAAGAAAGUGAAAGCGACCUGCCCGCCUUAUUCUGUCCUGGGGAGGGCGAAUCGGACUCGGGAGAGGGAGAGGUGGAUGGUGUGGAGGCCAAUGCGGAGCGUGAUCUGGAGGAGGGGGUGUGCCGGGUGAUCGUGGGGGGGCCCGGGGAGCACCUUGGUCUGGGUCUGACCCCCCCCUCUCCACCUGCCUCAGCGGAGAGACACGCACACCUGACGCAGGACACGCGCACACACGGCACUCGGAUACGGGACACAGCGGACACACAGCUGCAACAGGCUGUGAUGCGGAAGAGGCAGACCAGAGUGAACGGCGGAGAGGAGAGGAAUGGCGUGAUGAGGAGGCGGAGAGCCAGCGCGAUGGAGGGAGGGGAGUGGAGCUGUAGUAGCGUGGAGAGGACGGAUGGAGGGACGAGGAUGGAGGAGAGUGUAAGGAGGACGAGUGUUCUGCGUCUCUCGGGAGACCUGGCCGAGAAGCAGGAGCCAAUCAAGCGCCUCCGUCUAGCCAGCCCGGCUCACGACCGGCCAAUGGCGGCAGCAGAGGGACGGGACUUGGUGCGGACCUCCUCUCGAACCAGCCAAUCGGAGCCCAUUGUGUUGUCGAGUGAGGAGGAGGAGGAGGAGUGUGAUGAUGAAGACGAUGGUGGUGAUGAAGAUGGAGAGGCGAGUGCUGCUGCUGUGAACGGAGCUGAGGAUGCUGAUGCUGAUACUGGUACCCAUGGCAACGAGGCUGAUGAAGAUGACCAUGAUGCUGCUGCUGUUGGUGUCCACGGCGACGACGACGACGAUGGUGAUGAAGAGGAUGCUGAUGAAGAUUAUACUGAUGAAGAUGAUGCUGAUGCCCAUGGCCAUGAUGGUGAUGAAGAUGAAGACACUGCUGCUGUUGCCGAUAGCGAUGGAGUGGAUGCUGAAGAAGGUGGUCAUGGCGAUGGUGAAGAUGAUGCUGAUGGUGAUGAAGAGGCCACAGCUGAGGUUGAUGGUGGUGUGGGUGAGGAAGAGGAGGAGACCCACACACAGCACCAAAGCCCACACACACACAUCAUGGACAUGCUGCCGCAGGACUCUCACCUGCCCUCCAUUGAGCUGCCAUUCUACACGCUGCACGUAGGAGGACUCACCGCCCAAUCCAGCGGAAAACUGGAGAUCUCGGAUGACCUUAUCAGCAUCCCUCUGCAAGACUCCAUGGGCAAGAAGUGCUCGUUUGCCAUGGCGACGCCUAAGCUGCGUGCUUACAGCCUAUUGGAUGCCGCUGAGCUGCAGGAGCUCGGUGCCGGCGGAUUGGCUGAGCAGCAGGAGCUCGAGCCCAGCGGAUUGGCUGAGCCGCAGGCCGAAAGCCCGCCCACCUCUGUGCUCCUCCUAUGGUUGUGCGAGGCACAGGCCCAGCAAUUGCACGAGGACCUGUCAAUCUUCCAACCUGAGAGUCCCCCAGUGGACGCAAGUGCGGGUGUGAGCGUGUGUGUGUGCGUGGUGCUGCAGGAGUGUGUGUUGCGUGUGGAGCAGGCUCUGCUGGCCUCGGUCAUGGACAUCGUGGGACUGCGGCACCACAACGCGCAGCUGCUGUCGCCCCUCCCACCGGCCCGCGCCCUCCAGGCCCUGCACGCCGCCCGAGACACGCACACACUCCGCCUGCUGCGCCUCCAGCACACGCUCCCCGACACACACACGGACACGGACGCCAAGACGCUCACACACACGCACGCCAAAACGCCGCCGCCCUCCAGCCCUGCUGCUCCUGCCACACAGGAGGAGCCAGAGUCCAUCUACAGUGUUGAACACAGUCUUCAUGAAGGACGCUACUCUGUCCGGCAGGCCAAACCCGCUCCAGAGUGGCUCCCCUACAAACACCACGGACCAGCACGCAGGUUAAUCCAGUUCCCCCCUCCCCCCUGCAAAGGUGCCCUCACCGUGACAACAGAAGAUUUGGAAUGUCUGGACAGUGGCCAGUUCCUGAAUGAUGUCAUCAUCGACUUCUACCUCAAGUACCUCAUCGUGGAGAAGACUCCUAGCCAGCUGGCUGAGAGGUGUCACGUCUUCAGCAGUUUCUUCUACAAGCAGCUGACACGCAGAGACAACGCCAACGAGGACAGCACCAGCUCCACGGCUGAGCAGAGGCGUCACCAGCGUGUAAAGACGUGGACUCGGAAUGUUGACAUCUUCAGCAAAGACUUCCUCUUCAUACCUGUCAAUCAAGAGUCCCACUGGUACCUGGUGGUGGUCUGCUUCCCCGGCCUGGAGGAGCCCCAGCAUGUUGCCUUUGACGGCCCAGCCGUGGUGAGGGGUGCUGAGCAGGGCCACUCAGGCGAGUCCCAGGCUCCAGCCUCGGCCCCGGAGGCCAGCACAGACGCUCCUGCCUCGGCCGAAACUGACAAAGACACCAGUGCUGCAGUGCAGUUAACUAGUUUAUCUCCUCCAGACUGCACUGAACAGACAUGCACAAAAUCAACUGUUUGUAAAAGGCCUUGUAUCCUGAUUAUGGAUUCCCUGAAGUUGUCUAUCCAUAAGCGAGUAGUGAAGCUACUGAGAGAAUAUCUGCAGGUGGAGUGGCAAGUUAGGAGGGGCUCCAGUGGCGUCUUCAACUGGGAGACUAUGGAGAGCUCCAGCUGCACGCUGCCCCUACAGGACAACAGCAGCGACUGCGGGCUCUACCUGCUACACUACGCAGAGACCUUCCUUAAGGAUCCCGUGGUGCACUUUGAGCUGCCUCUCUCUCUGGAGAACUGGUUUCCACGGCAACAGGUGAGAAGGAAACGCGACCAGAUUCGCAACCUGGUGCUGCACCUCUGUCGCUUCCAGCAGCCAGGAGUCAUGGGAAAAGCAGUCCAACAGCCGAGCAUCAUGGGAAACUAACAGCCGAGCACCAUGGGAAACAAAGUCCAGCAGCCGAGCAACAUGGGAAACGCAGGCCAGCAGCUGAGCAUCAUGGGAAACGCAGUCCAGUGGGUGUUGAGGGCAGAAGGACAGCUCCAGCUGCUUGCGUAGCUUCAUGCUACACCCACAGUGCAAAAUCCCCCCCCCUCACCCAGAACACCUACCGGGGCUACAUGCUAACACCCAAAACACACACACACACACACGCACACACACACACACACACACACACACACACACACGCG